AUGAAAUUAAACUAAAAAUUAUUAGAAAGACUAGACGAGUCCUUAGCUCAAAGUUUUGUUCUUAAAUACCAAGAAGAGAAAAAUAGAAAGGUUGUACCCGAGGAAUUCAUAAGUGAUGAUUAUAAGGGAAACUUUAGAGUAAGACAAGUUGGAGAUCGGCAAGAAAAUAUGAAGAAAAGCAAACUAGAUGCUAUGUCUACUGCCACAUCCAAUUUUUAUAAGGAGACAGCCACACCAAAUUCAUCUAAGCCUCCUUCUUCUCUUAAUUCCUCCAAAUUAUUAGAUUAAAGCAAGAUUUCCCAACUAAAGCAAUCAAUUAUAACAAACAGAAUUACAUCAGCCUAGCCAACAAGGCCGUUAAUGAUUAAGAAGAUAUAAAAGAAUACUGAAUAAUUAUAAAUUGAACCCAAAGAACAAAAACCUCCAAUUUUUGCAUUAAAAAGACUCUCAUCUGCCAAAUAGUAAUAACAAGAUGAAGAGAAGUCUAUCGUACAGAAUUAAGAAUCAAGCCUUAAUAAUUCCCUUGUAGCCAAGCCUUCAAUAUUGAGAAGAUCUUCAUUGACAUCACAUGCUAAAAAAAUUGAAAUCAAAAAAGAAGAAGAAGUUGAAACAAAGAAAUUGUCCUUACCAAAGAAGUAAGAAUCUCAAAUAUCAGAACCAGUAUUUUAAUUUUAAAUUGCCAAAAGAAAAGUUGAUGACAUGAUUUACGAUACUAUGGAUAUUGAUACUUUAUAAGAAAUCACAAAAAAAAAUGAAAGUUCGUUUGAUGAAAUCACAUCCAUCUAAUUUAGAUUCAAUACUAUGAAUGAUUCACUUUAUAUGCUAGGAGAAUACUUAUCAAAUUUACAAGAACUUAAACUGAAUAAUUCAUAAAUAGAAUCUUUGCGUUUGUUAGGCACUAAAUUGAGGAACUUAUCAAUUCUUUGGAUCAGCAAUUCAAAAUUAACUGAUAUUUCAGGAAUUAUGAGCAUGCCAAAUCUUGUAGAGUUUUAUUGUUCCUUCAAUAAUAUCAAAGACAUCAGUCCCUUAGCCUUUCAUGAAAAGAUAUCCAUUUUAGAUAUUGAAGGUAAUGAAUUAGCUGAUGAAUUCUAAAUUGAUUAUUUAGAAUCUUUGAAUUUACAAUAAUUGAUUAUUAGUUCAAACCCAUUAAUCAAAGAUGAUCAUUUGAGGGAUAAACUCUAUGAAAAGUUACCAGCCACUGAAAUCUAUAUUGAUGAUAAUGACUUACCAACAGAGUCUUAGAUAAUUUCAGAUAAUAGCCAAAUCAAAUAACUAUAUGAUAUAGCAGAAAUGAUGCACUCUAAAUUUGAUCUCGGAAAUGUAGAGGAAUUGAAAGAUCUAGAGGAGUAAGUCAAACAUUAAUUAGACAAGGAUAUGUUGGAAGAACCUGAUGAAAAUAGAUUACUCAGUUUAGCUAUCAAAUAAAGGCCUCUUGAAAAGUCAAAAUUAAAACGACCUUAAACUGCUUAAGUUCAACAAAAUUAUAAUCCUGACCCCACUUCAGAAUUAGUUGGAUUAGAAGAGGCCUUUGCUGGGAAUCCCAUUAAAGCAGCUAAAAAGCACAAACAAAAUAGAGAACAAAUUUUUGAUCCUACUGAUAGAAAAAGUAUUGACAUAUAAACUUUAUUAAAUAAGUUCAAAUGA